AUGAAGGAGCACGAAAAGUACGGCGAAUUUGUCCGCAUCGCGCCAAACCACAUUUCCAUCAACGACCCCGUGGCUGUUACCCAAAUCUACGGUCAUAAAACCGGCUUCACGAAGAGCCAGUUCUAUGAUGCCUUCCUACAAGUCAGACCAGUCAUCUUCAACGCUCGAGAUGUAGCCACGCACGUCAGGAAACGGAAAUUCUUGAACCCGGCGUUUGCUGCGCGUUCUCUGGCCGACUUUGAGCCCCACAUGAAUGCGGAGCUCUUAUCAUGGAAACGUCGGCUACAGCGGAUACAUGACAGGGAACAAGGGCAUCUGGACAUGGUUGUGUGGACUAACUUCCUGGCCUUUGACGUAAUUGGGAGCUUCGCAUUUGGUCGACCUUUCGGCUUCAUUGAAAAGGGCAACGAUCCAUACAACCUUAUCCACACAAUCGAUGUCCGCGGGGAAGUCCUAAACGCCCUCGGCACUCUACCAACUUGGAUGAAACCUCUGGCAAAAUACAACUUUUUCGAUUCAUUUUGGAGCUCGGGUCUCAGAGCCACUGCCAGCAUCGAGAAAAUCGGCCGCGAGGCGUAUCUUCGGCGCAAAGAGUCCAAGGAAGACCGUCGAGACAUCCUCAGCUACCUCCUUGCGGCCACAGAUCCCAAGAACAAAGAACCUAUCGAAGAGGACGAGGUCAUCGCUGAAUAUAUCAGUUUCAUCGUAGGAGGUAGCGAUACAACCAGCAGCACAAUGACAAAUUUUAUAGAUAUCGUCUCGAGAGACCGACAAUUGCAGGCACGGAUCCAGCAGGAACUAGACGAGACAUGGCCUGGAGAGCAGGAAGAUGACUGGGUCCCGCAAGAACGUCAGGUGGUCAAUUUGCCUUUCUUGGUUGCUGUCUUGAGGGAGGUGAUGAGGUUCCGACCCACCAGUGCAACCGGUCUAGAACGCAUCACUCCGAAGGGCGGGAAAAUGAUCGCCGGGAAAUUCAUACCUGAGAAUACCAUCGUCAGCGUGCCGACGUGCGGUGUCAUGAUGAACCCAGACAUAUUCAUCUCACCCAAGGAAUUCAAACCAGAAAGAUGGCUCGGGCCAGAUGCACAAAAGCUCCUAGAGAAUUUCCUACCGUUUUCCACGGGGCCUCGAGCCUGUAUUGGGAGAAACUUUGCUUGGGCAGAGGUCCUCAAGGCGAUGGCACUUCUGUUUAAGCUCUACGACGUCGAAAGGUCUCAUGGUAAGCCGACCGUUCUUAGAGAAGGGUUCUUUAACAAGGCUGCUGAGUGUGAAGUGGUACUUCGCCGGCGCUUGUGA